UAUAAAUAUUUCUUGCCUAUUUAUAGUCUCUCCCAUAUUUCCUACACCAUAUAACACAACUGACCAACAACAUAACUCCUUUUAUCUUUACUCAUCUUAAAGCAAAUAAUGCAACCAACAGCGGAGACAGAGACAGUACCCCCGGCGACAGCGGGGCUGGUUUCCCUCUUCCGGCCCUCCUCCGCCGACACCCGGCGAUCCAAGACGGGCGUUAGCACGGGGAUCCUCCGCUUCCUGAAGAUGAUCCCUCUUCUCACCUCCGGCUGCAAGAUGGCAGCCUUACUUGGUCGUCCCAACAAAGCCCUGUCCUCCGGCCGUAGAGGCGGAGGAGCCGCUACCAUCACCCUGUUCGGCUACCGCCGGGGCCGCGUGAGUUUAGCCAUGCAGGAAGACCCCAAGUCCGCCCCUGUGCUCCUCCUCGAGCUCCCCAUCCUCACCAGCUCGCUCCACCGCGAGAUGGCCUCCGGUCUCGUGAAGAUCGCGCUGGAGAGCGAGGCAGGUAGCGGCGGCGGCGGCGGCACCGGCGGAAGCGGGGAGGAGCCAGAGCAGAGCCAGCGGCGAAGGCGGCUGGUGGACGAGUGCGUGUGGGCGGUGUACUGCAACGGUCGGAAGGCGGGGUUCUCGACGAGGAAGAAGCAGGCGUCGGAAGAGGAGCGCCAGGUGAUGCGACUGCUGCGGGGCGUGUCGAUGGGAGCGGGGGUGCUUCCGGCGGCGGAAAAGGAGGCGGCGGCCCCGGCCGAGGGGGAAUUGACGUACAUGAGGGCGCGCUUCGAGAGGGUGGUGGGGUCGAGGGACUCGGAAGCGUUAUACAUGAUCAACCCCGACGGCACUGGCGUCCCCGAGCUAAGCAUCUUCCUCAUCAGGCUCAACAAUUAAUGGCGUUAAUUGAUUGGCAGCUAUUUCAGGUAUUAAUAUUAUGUAAAUAUAUAUAUUAAAACUGAGUCCAUGUUUUUUUCUUUUCUUUUCUUUUCUUUUUCUUGCGUGUGUACUUUAAUUAAAUUAAUCGAUCUAACAACAUAUUCACGGACA